AUGGACGAGUUACUGAUUCCCGCAGAAGGCGAGGAAUCAGCUUCAAACAGCACUUCCUUUUCUCCAAAAGACCCCGGGAAAAGCAUCCUGGAAUAUUUGAAAGAUUUGCUACACGGCAGAUUCCCUGGAAACUUCAAGCAAUGGGUGAAGGAGUAUUGCAAACGUAAUGGCUUGUUGACGCUCUCUGUCUUCGCAGUAGUGACUGGCUGUGUAUUAGGAUUCAUGUUAAGGAAUCAAAACCUCUCUACCCAGGCAAAAAUCUAUUUCUCUUUCCCUGGAGAACUCCUCAUGAGAAUAUUAAAAAUGCUCAUCCUUCCUCUAAUCACAUCAAGUUUGAUGUCAGGUCUUUCAUCAAUGGACUCAAAGGCCUGUGGCCGCAUGGGCCUGCUCACGGUCACAUACUACUUGUGGACCACCUUCAUCGCGGUUGUCGUGGGCAUCAUUCUGGUCAUCAUCAUUCACCCUGGCACGGGAACAGAGAUGGAGGGCACACGGCUCGGGGGAGGACCUGUCAUGACCUCUGCCGAUGCUCUGCUAGAUCUCAUCAGGAACAUGGUACCAGCUAAUCUGGUUGAAGCAACAUUUCAGCAGUAUAGUACAGAUUUGGUGCCUGUACUCAAAACCACCCCAAAGACUGCGGAGCCCAGCUAUGUGUACAUCAUGCCGGAUGACAUCAACCCCAAAGUGGGUCGGCCCGUGUUUCUGGAACUUACCCCUCCACCAGAGAUCCAUUACAAGAGCGUCCCAGGCAGCAGCAAGCAGAUGAAUGUGUUGGGCAUCGUCAUAUUCUCCGCUACCAUGGGCCUACUGUUGGGGAAGAUGGGCGAGAGAGGUGCCCCGCUGGUCAAUGUGUGUCAGUGUAUCAAUGAAUGUGUGAUGAAGAUCAUUAAUGCUGCAGUAUGGUAUUUUCCCUUUGGCAUCAUAUUCCUUGUGGCUGGAAAGAUCCUAGACAUGCAGGACCCAUCCAGCCUUGGAAAGAAGCUGGGGAUGUACACGGUGACAGUCCUGGCGGGGCUUUUUGUCCAUGGCCUCAUCCUGCUUCCCUUUUUCUACUUCCUUUUGACACGCAAGAACCCCUUCACCUACAUCCGCGGCCUACUACAAGCACUAGUCAUUGCUCUGGCCACCUCUUCCAGCUCUGCCACUCUGCCAAUCACCAUGAAGUGCUUGCUGGAGAACUGCCACGUGGACCGGCAGAUCGCGCGUUUUGUGCUGCCUGUGGGUGCCACAAUCAACAUGGACGGCACUGCCCUUUACGAGGCUGUGGCUGCGAUCUUCAUUGCGCAGGUCAAUGAUUACGAGCUCGACUUCGGCCAGCUGGUCACCAUCAGCAUAACAGCAACAGCUGCCAGUAUUGGAGCAGCUGGUAUCCCACAGGCUGGCCUUGUAACCAUGGUGAUUGUGCUGACGUCAGUGGGUUUGCCGCCAGAUGACAUCACGCUCAUUGUGGCUAUCGACUGGGUGCUGGAUCGAUUCCGGACCAUGAUCAAUGUGCUGGGAGACGCUCUAGCAGCUGGGAUCAUUGCUCAUUUGUGUCGAAAAGACUUUCCUGCGUCUGACGACAAGGUACCCUUUCAAAUCCCAAAUAAAGCAUCAAGACAGGGAUGGACUCCGGACAUAUCUUGUGGCAUGCAGAACAUGCAGAAUAUACCCAUGACUGAGGUACCACUGUUGGCCAGCAAGGACAGUGUGUUUGAGGUGAUUGGGGACACCGUGAUCGAGAAACCUACAGUCUACUACAACCUCUGCCAAGUCUGA